CCAGUUCAAUUAAAUGGGCGUGACGAUCAAAGAUUUUUAUUGUUAUAGGUGCGGUCUCUUUUCAUAAUUAGGCCUUUAGGUAGAGGACCGUCUCUUAUGAUAGUCUGACUGGUCCGUAUUGAAUCACUGGAGAAUAUGAUGAGCCCCAGAGGAAGUCUUGUCCUUCUACUCUCACUUAGUUUAUUUUUAACCCCUUUACUCAGCCUCUCUGGCCCAUCGUUGGCGUUAGCUGAUGAUGCUGUUGUUGGUGAAGAUGAUGAAGUGAUGUCAGUGGAUGAUGAAGAGGGAGAGGAUGAUGAGAAUGUUGUAUUACCAGACGCUGGAGAGGCUAGGGAAUCAGGUGGUGAUGGUGCUGGAUCAGAAGAGGAAGAGGAGGAGGAGGAAGAAGAAGAAGAUUUAUAUAAGCCAUCGCCUGAUGCUAAGACUGACAUUAUAUUCACUAACAGAGCUGAAAAUAACUUCCUGGCUGGUCAGAUCGUUAAGUCUUUGAUUGGUUUCUCAAACAAUGGUAAUGAAAAUUUUAUAGUGACGUCAGUUGAGGCUUCAUUUAGGUAUCCUCAAGAUUUUUCCUAUUUUAUUCAAAAUUUUUCAAAGGUUUAUUAUGAUGCCUACGUUCCCCCUUCCCACCAGGCAUCAUUCACAUAUGAUUUUACUCCUAGUGAAUCUUUCUAUUCCAGACCGUUUGGCUUAGUUGUUAAUGUAUAUUAUAAGACAGAGGAAGGCAAUGAGUUUAGAGAUGCUGUUUUUAAUGGAACUGUUAAUAUUGUCGAGAUUGAAGAAGAAUUUGAUGCUGAGUCGUUCUUCAUGUAUGUGCUAAUGAUAUCUGGAGUCUGCCUGCUGAUGUUUAUUAUUCAUUUUGUAUGGACUACAGUUAAAAGAGGUGGUAGGGCAGCUCCAAAGAAGCGUGCUGCUCCAGUUGAAAGAGGUACUACUAAGAACAAGAGGAGUCAGGUUGAUGAGAGCUGGCUCCCUGAAGGAACUAUACAAAAGAAGAGCCCAAGGAAGCCGACGUCACCUCGUAACAGACAGAAGACAACUAGCAAUAAUACAUUGAACACUCCUAAAGUUGAUUAGAAUGACAGAAGCAAUAGCAGUGUAUUCUCCUUGUCUCAGCUGUGCCUCUCUGUUCUAUUGUUGCUCCUCUUUAUAAUUAUUAUUAUUUUUUCAAUUGUUGCAUCAAUAAAAUAUAA